CACGCCCUACGCUCCGGGCCGCGCUCGCGUGGGUUUUUGCUGCGGAGCUGAGGAAGGGGAGAAGUCUAGUCGCCAAGCCCAGCCUUCAGCGGCGCGCAGCCCCGACGGGGCCGUGGCAGGCGUGGUGCGAGCGCGGACGGAGCCAUGAGAGAGUACAAAGUGGUGGUGCUGGGCUCGGGCGGCGUGGGCAAGUCCGCGCUCACCGUGCAGUUCGUGACAGGCUCCUUCAUCGAGAAGUACGACCCGACCAUCGAGGACUUCUACCGCAAGGAGAUCGAAGUGGACUCGUCGCCGUCGGUGCUGGAGAUCCUGGACACGGCGGGCACCGAGCAGUUCGCGUCCAUGCGGGACCUGUACAUCAAGAACGGCCAGGGCUUCAUCCUAGUCUACAGCCUGGUGAACCAGCAGAGCUUCCAGGACAUAAAGCCCAUGCGGGACCAGAUCAUCCGCGUGAAGCGGUACGAGCGCGUGCCCAUGAUCCUGGUGGGCAACAAGGUGGACCUGGAGGGCGAACGCGAGGUCUCUUACGGCGAGGGCAAGGCCCUGGCCGAGGAGUGGAGCUGCCCGUUCAUGGAGACAUCGGCCAAAAACAAAGCCUCGGUGGAUGAGCUCUUCGCCGAGAUCGUGCGGCAGAUGAACUACGCGGCUCAGCCCAACGGCGACGAGGGCUGCUGCUCGGCCUGCGUGAUCCUCUGAGGCGCCCGCGGCCGCCGGGCGCCGGCCUCGCUCUGCGCACAAAAGCCAAACGCAUCCGACUCUCUAAAUGUGAUUUCCUUUCUUGCUUUGAGAUUGGAGACGACUUUGCAUUGGCCGGGGUGUCCCGGGAGCCCGGCUGGCUUCCGGGGCCCGCAUCCCUUGCCUUCGCCCCGUAUCCGAGGGGUGCCCCGUCCUGACCAUCCGAGACCCUGGUGGAAAUGUGGCUCUUUGCAGCAUGUACGUUUCUCAUUGAUUUCGGUUGACGCAUAUUCCCCCGUUUAAGUGGCCGUUAGGGUGCUGUAUUGGCAGCUCGACACCCGGCAAGCAAAAGUUUCAGCCUGGAAAUAAAUGGAGGUGGGGAGGUGGAGGGGAAGAAGGUGGAAGGGGGGGGGUCUUCUCUCUUUCUCUCCCUCUGUCCCUCUCUCUCUCUCUCUUUUGUUAAUGACUGUUUUCUAGUUCCGAGUUUUAAAUACAUGGAAGUCCAGUCCAGUCCGGGAAACCCAUAUGAAGGAGCAGAAGGAGAGGAAGAAACUCUUGUUUUUUCCUUAUUUUCCAGGAGUAGCUGGAAAUUUAGAUCGGGUUCCUUUCCUGCCAGCUUGGAAGGGCAACCCCUCGUGACUGGUUGUGAUUCUGAGGAUGUCUAUGCAAAGUUGGAUUCUUGUUACAUUGUAUCCAAUCUGAAGUAUUGCACAUCUGAACUGGGACUGUUAACACUGAUGCCAAUACAGUGUGGGGUGCCAGAAAGUGUCUGCUGAUAUUUGUGGAAAAAAAAAAUCUAUUUUGUUUACCUACUGUAUCAAAGGGGAGCCUUGGGAGAAUGGUAGUAUUUUUUUUUAUCAGCUGUGAAAAAAAAAAAUGUUACAGAUCCUGCACAUUUUUGUGUGUACUAUGGUGUGUGUGUGUUUUAAGUUUAGCUUUUUUUAAAGAAAAAAAUUUCUUUUGGUUGGCAGCAACAGAUUUUAAUGACUAGCUUUUAAAAAUAUAAUACAAAGACUUUGUAAAUGUGAUUCAGGGCCCCCAGCACCCCUGUGUCUGCAGAGUGCCUUCAAAACUCAGCUGUUCAGCCGCUGCCAACCGGUGAACUUCCCACCAGUACCAGAAUCUGCUAUUCCCCAAACCACUUACCAAUUUCCUUUCAGUAAUCUUCCUGAAGGAGCCAGGACAAUAGGGCGUGUUGUUCAGUGAAUUUAUUAUUUUCAGCCUUUAAAAUGUAAUGUCCAUGUCUUGCAAUGGGUUGUCCCCUCCCCCCCCUUUUUUUUUUGCUUCAUUUUGUUCAAAUUUCAGGUGUUUAGCUCCCCUUACAUAUUAUUUUUAAAAUGUUUUGAUCUUCUGUUAUAGGGUGUACCUUCAGAAGCAAGAGCAAAAUUUCUCUGUUAUGAUGUAUCAAGUUCUAAUUGUAAUUUUAAUUCCACUCGUUUAAUCAUUGUCUCUUCAUUUUAAGACUUUUAAUACAAAUGUCAUUUUUAAAGAAACAAGCCCAAAAGUAUUGUUUGUGUUUCUGUGUUUCAUAUUCUGUGAUGUACAGCAUCAGUGGUAAUGCAGUAUCAUGGCUGAGGUAGGCAGGGGCAGGAAGCAGAGCUGUCAAAUUUUGAAGAUAAACAGAUGUAUCUCUGUGACAAGUUGGGUGUGACAUUCCUUCCAACUUCUUAAAUGUGGAGAAAGUCCUCAGGCCUAGGAAGCCCUGGCCAUACCUGCUGACUAAAAGAUGAGGAGGCAUCUUGGUUGUAUUCUGAGAUGGAGCCAUUGGCUUGCUCUGGGUAGUGGGGUGAGAGGUGGGAGGGGCACCAACUGCUAAUGCUGACUUAGAGCUGAGAACUUCACCCUCAGCCAAGUAGGGUGGCACUUUGGGUCCUUCAUCCUGUUGUGUUUAUGUUGUGCAUCAAGUUGAAAGCCCGUUUGGGGAUGAUUUCUCAUGCUGACAUCAUGCCAUGUGGUGUGUUUUGCACUGUAUCUGAACCUGUCAUAGACAGUAUUUCAGCAAUUUCAUUUGGAAACAGAUCUGUUCCCUUGAUCUUAUUGCACUGUGCUGUGUGUGGACCAUAUUUGACCUCAUAAAUUCUUCCUUCUGACAGUAGGAGGCAGUGUAAGCUUUUUUAUUUUUAAUUUUUAUUUUUCUUAAGGAGGUCUUUAAUCUGUAAAAUAGCCUCUACAGAAUAAAAGAAAGUGUCUAUGUAUUUUAGAGUACUUGAUACAUCUUAGGUUUUAAGUAUAGUUGAAGUGUCCUGAGUCUUCAAACAAAAGGGAUUUAUUCCCCUAACAAAGCCAAAAGAAAUUAGAGGCUAUAGGUUUCUUUAAAGCUAUAUUAACAUAUCUUGCCUUAAAAUGUGUGGUUUUGAUUUUUUUGUUGUUGGUUUGCCUGGGAGGCAUUUCAGUAUUCCUUUGUGGAGGAGGAACUAUUUAUUUUGAUUGUGAUACGUAGGCCUGCCCCCCCCCCCUUUUCCCCCACUGAUCCCACUUAGGUUGAUAAUCAAACACAACUAGAAAGCAAUUGUAGAAACUGAGAGAAACUGUCCAAAUUGAUGUUAUUGCAAGGAUUCGUUCUUGCAUUUGAGUAAAUUUGGUUACUUAAUUCAAUCCAAAUUGUUGAAAAUUCUGAAGAUGUGACAAGUACUCUGAAGAAUUUGUAAAAAACAAGGUAUUUGAUGAUUCUAUCAUUCUUAUUUUUAUUAACUGGAAAGAUUUUGACAAAAAAGCUAGUAGGUAUAUAAUUUAAGAAAUUAUAUAAUCCUGACAGGAAAUAUUUGAAAAUGGGAAUUUGGAAAUGGAAUAGAUUGCUGGGUGCAUUAAUCACCUUCCUGCAGGGUUUAGUCACUUGCAUGACUAAAUUCUGUAUAGGUCUAGGGUGGCAGAGCAGAAGAGUUUAACAUGUUUUUACCGAAUACUGUAAAAUAAAUGCUUUUUGGGUUCUCAAAGCAAUUUUAUGUGUACUGGAGCAGGAAAAAUAGUUCUGUGCUCUUUUGGUUUUCUCUGUUAUUUUCUGGACAAAAUUGAGAGAAAUUUAGGGACAUUUCUACUUUUUUCUUAAAAAAAAAAGUCUUUACAAUGUUUAUUUGGCUAGGAGGAACCGCUUCUGGUUUUGUGGUGUGAAGAGAUAAGAGCGUUUGUUUGAAUGACAAAGUCAGGCUGACUUGGAGUGUUAAGGAAGUGGAGCAGGGAGGGAGGGAGGGAGGAGUUUGGGAAAGAAGCCUUCUUGAGGAGCCUGGCUGGCUAUUAAACUUGACCCCUGCUGUUUUUUAACAGCUUCCUUUUUUGGCCUCUGACAGCCAUCCCAGUUUUAUGUCAUUUCAAAGGAUUAUUUUUCACCUCCUCUGUGACCACCUCAGGAAAGUUGAGGUAUCUAUGUAGUUUUAACACCUUCAGCUUUGAGUGCUAUGGAUUUUGGGUUGUGUUUUCCAUGUUAGCUGCUGACAUGGACUUUUCCUUGAACCAGGUUUUGGAACCAGAUCUGUAUGAUGUUAAGAGUUCUCUGUAUGUGAGACUUCAUGCCUUCUGGCUAGUUAAUAUUUCCUGUGGGUGGGAACCCCCAAAUGCCCCAUCUGUUGAGGUUUCCUGGUGGCACUCUUAAGUGAGUUCUGGGUGGGAAGGGAUGGCAAAGAGAGAAAGUCGAAUGUAGCAGCUGGGUCUUGGGAAAGAGAUGCCAAUUCCUGCACCUUAACUCACAGAAACAUAGAUUUGUUUUGCAUGACAGCUAGAAUGAGUUUUCACAUCAUAAAUGUGAAGGGAACCAAGAUUUUAUCUGGAGAUCACCACUUUUAGUUAAAAUGACAUCAGAUAUUUUUCACAUUGUCUGCUUAAUUGGGAAAAGCUGGCUAACAUAAAUUUAUGAAAAUGUAGCUGGUUUUGUUGAUGGUAGGGAUGAUUAGAUGAGUUUAAUCAGAUGGGCCCCUAGUUCUAGGUGAGUGUUGAUCUACUCACAGUAGGAUUUUGGUGGCUUGAGAAGGCUAUAGAGAUUUACCAGAGGUUCUCAAAGGACCAUAAACCAAAAUGACUUGAAGGUUAAAACAUUGUUGGACCCCUCUUCCAGUUUUUUUUUUUUUUUUGUUGUUGUUGUUGUUUAAUUCAGUGGAUUUGGGUUAGGACUUUUGUUAUUUUAAUUUCUAACAAGUGUCCAGGUGAUUGUGAUGUUGUUGGUCCAGGGACCACAUUUUGAGAACAAAUGACCUAGUCCAAACUCCAGAAGGGUACUCUCCUGAGAGCCUCUUGGAUAGAGACAUAGAUGGAAGACCUGGGCACCCUUGUAGCCUGCUUUCUACCGGUUGUAGAAAACCUCCAUAGAAAUCCACUGCUCCAGAAGACACCCACCAUUCACACUUGGAUUGUCAGAUUGUCCUGUGAGUAGGACAGGGCAGACACAUUGUAGAUGGGGCUUUUGAUCAUUGUCACCUUCUCUGAGUACCUUGGCUGUGGUUUUAAUGUUAAUUUGGUUGACUCUUAAACAACAACAACAACAAAAUGAUCAGGGACAUAGCUUCAAUGAUUAGAAUCAAUGGUUAGAAUCAACUGCCCUCUCAUCCCCACCCACCCCCAUGUUUUUGAUAAAGACUCAUGUCUUUGGCAAACUGCUUUAAACUAAUUUGUCUUCUCAGGGCUGCAGGUAUGUAGUUCAGUACUCGAAGCCCUGGAUUCCAUCCCCAGCACUGCAAAAUAAGUAAAUAAAUUAAACGAAUAAAUAAAUAAAUAAUAAAGGAAAUAAUAAAAUAUUUGUCUUCUUUUUCCCUUGAAAUAAAAAAGGCAAGCAUUUUAAUUUUUCCUGCUUCCUAGCAAGGAUUCUAAAAAUAAGUUGUUAGAGAAUUUUAAUUUUUAGGUUGUAGUGAUCACUGUGUGUAUGUGUGUCUUCUCUUCUCAGAGGUCCAGGUGCUAGUUAAUUAAUUCAGUCUCAGUUCCGUUGUUACCAGUCUGGAAAAUGCAUUCUACCCAACUGGGACUGUGUCUUGUCUCAUUAUGCAUCUUAACACCCAAGGAAGUUCCCAGGACUCCAGGGUAAAGGUCUGGGAAUUAAAGGUAGUGUCGAGGCUUAAGAAAUAGUGGGCUGAGGCCUGAGGAUAUGGCUCAGUGGUAGAGCUCAUGUGUAGCUUUUAUGAGGCCCUGGGUUCGAUCCCCAGAACCAAAAAGGGAGAAAAAAAUAAUAGUGUGUUGAGAUCUAAUAAAUAGUGGAGUUGCUCUUCUCAGAUUUCAGAGCUGGGUGGAGUUGAUAAGCUGAAAGAGUAAAAGCUGUUGUUCAUGUUUGGGUGUGAAGAAGGGACCUUACUCAGAACUCUUUUACAUCUUUAGUAUUUUCUGGACUUGGGGGUAUUUGCUUGCUUUUGCCCUAAUAAUGAUGAUGUUAAUAAAUGUUUCUGGCAAAAAUAUUUCUUUUUCACCUUCUUGUUGACUGUUGUCCUUUCUGUAGCAUGGCAGUCUCGGGCUCACUGUCUUUGCUUAGUAACUAUUUGCAGAAUGAAGAGAAUAUGGAAUAUUUUAAAGAGUCUGAAACUACUCAAUAGAAGCUGCACCAUGACUAGAGAAUGGUAGGUUUUUGUCUUCUCUAUUGAUGCUAGGUUUAUCAUGAUGAUCUUUGGAACUAUGUCUUCCAUUUCAACUACACAUAAAAUAAGAUUUUUGUGGUGUUUUUUUUUUUUUAAAGUCUAGUUUGCCAUCUGUUAAAAGAAAUUAGUAUAUGUUAUUCUGAGGCUACAUUUUACUUUAAAACAUUUAUGGCUGACAGUUUGAGCCCUGUGAAGUGUUAGAGAGCUCUAUCAUCAGCUAGUGCUAGUGUAGUGAAAGUCUAGCAGUGUUAGUCUAUUUUUAUCUUGACUUUUAUUUUAUGUUGAUUUCUACUGCCAUUACUUUGGAUUACUACUACUUGAUUUUAUUAAACUGUUAAAAUUUCAA